AUGUCUCGCCCUCGCCCUCGCGUUAUCAACUUUAACCCGGAUGCACCUAUAGAAUGUCAAAAGGCCACGCCUCCUACACCCGCGCCUCCUCACUUGUCGCACAAACCUUGGAAAAAUAUCGCCAUAACCGAAUACGAUGACGCGGAGUUCGAGGAGCUGCAAGCACGGUUGGUAUUUACCUGGCCGCCCGAUUUAGCAGCCUACCGAAGAGAGGUCGAGGAGGAGAGGAGCUUGAGUAAGGUGACAGAGUAUGCUGAUGAAAACAUUGUCCCUACGGCCUUCUCUCGCGCGUCGUCGAUAGGGUCGGCAAGCACAGACGACAGUUCUAUGAUCUUGACGCCGACUCAACGAGACUACGACGCCAAGACAGAUUGUGUACCGCUGGAUAUUCUCCGCGAUGCGCUUGCGGAGCCUGAGGCUAAUGCUGGUGCCCUCGAGAAGGUAGUGGGGCUUCAGAGAUUGAGACGCAAAGCACCACCUCCACUCAGCCUAAAUAACAAGAAAAAACAGGAUGUCAUCGACAAUAUCGGAUGCACCCUGCUUAUUGGCGAUGGUGAGCGCACUGCACGGGAGAUACGGAUGCUAAGUCCGCUAACGGCAGCGAUGAAUAUCACCAGCAAGUUAUCCGCGGGGAUCCUCCGCAAUAUUCAUACCUUUCCUGAUGACCUAUUAUUCUGAUAACCUAAUUUUCGUCUAUUGCUGUAGCAUUACCCAAGUUGUUGGCUGGAGUUUCACUGCAUCUUCCAUGUC